CGGAGAAGCUCUUCACAAUCGUAGCCCAAGAUUUUGUCUUCGGUGCUAAAAAGCCAUGCAUGCCCAACCCUCUUUGCAAACUCACAAAUCGCACCGUUCAUUUUCUCUCUCUCCUUCACUCUGUUUCUCUCUCUCUCUCUCUCUCUCUCUCUGCAGUAAAUUUCUGCUGGUUGGUUUUGCUCAUUUUCACGACCGAAAUCACAGCUUGACCCGUCGUGCUCAAAUUUAAAUCCAAAAAGAUUUCUUUUAUGGUUGUCAAGUGCUGUUGCAAUUGGGAUGAAAGCUUCAUUUGGACAAGUGUGUAUUUGUGACAUAGCCAAAGAUGGGAAGGGUUAAGUUAAAGAUAAAGAAAUUGGAGAGCAGUGGCAAUCGACAGGUUACUUAUUCGAAACGGAGAAAUGGCAUCUUGAAAAAGGCCAAGGAGUUAUCAAUCUUAUGUGAUGUAGACAUUACGCUUCUCAUGUUUUCCCCAGCUGGAAGGCCUACAUUGUUCCAAGGGGAGCGCAGCAAUUUUGAAGACAUUAUUGCAAAGUUUGCCCACUUAACUCCACAGGAGAGGGUGAAAAGGAAGUUGGAGAGCCUUGAAGUACUGAAGAAAACUUUUAAGAAGUUGGACCAUGAUGUAAAUGUACAAGAAUUUGUGGGUUCCAGCACUCAGACAGUUGAGAAUCUGACAAAUCAAGCAAGGGCAUUGCAAACCCAACUUACGGAACUGCAUAAGAGACUGAGCUUUUGGAGUAAUCCAGAGAAGGUUGAUGAUGUAGAACAGCUAAGGCAGAUGGAAGACAUGCUUAAGGAAUCAAUUAGUCGAACACAUCUGCACAAGGAAAACUUUGAAAAACAUCAACUAGCUUCACUGAAUUGCACAGGCCAGUUUCAAAAUGGAAUGCCUUCAUCUUUAAUUGUGGGCAGUGUGCAUGAAACUCAACCGAUGCCUUGGAUUUUGAAUAAUGACAAUCAACAUUUGAUAUUACCCAACGAGGCUUCCUUUCUGCCUCAUAGAGACGUGGACUGCUCUACAAAUGCCUCAGUAGCACGAUUUAAUAGUUACUUUGGCAGUGGCGCCAGCACUAGUACUAGCACUGGUAAACAAUCUGAGGUUGGUGAUCCAGGACAACUUGAUAAUAUGGGGCACAUUCCUAGUAUGGAAGGAGGUUGUGGCUUGAAUGAGUAUGACAUAAAUGCUUGUUUAAGUACAGAACUUGGCCAGCAGUAUGCGUAUCCAUCAUAUUGCAAUCCUAAUGUGCCAGACGAUAAAAAAUUGAAGCCUGGUGUGGAAAUGAACUUACCAACAAAUUCGGUGGAUUAUCAAGCAAGUAGCAACUUCGAACUGUCUCGAUCUUUGUAUGGUGAUGAGCAUCCUUCUUGGCUUUCAUCUUCCGGGCCUAGCACCAUUGCUGUAUAUGACCAGAAUACGUACCAGCAGCAACCAAACAUGAGAUUGUAGCUGGGGGAAAAAUCAUGGAAGAAUUUUACCGGCCUCCCAAACCAACCUGAUCGAUGAAGAGAAAUAUAGAGAGGUAUCCAAGAGUAUUGAUGCUCAUCGGCUCAUUGGCUCAUUGGCUUAUGGAGAUUAGUUUAAACAUGUAUAUAUAUUGUACAAGAUAUAUAGGAUCAUAGUUCAUCUGUAUAUGAACUCCAUUGGUUUCCUCAGAGCAUCCCACAUUGUAAAUUAUUACUUAUAGAAAAUGAAAGCAACAUCAUGAUGUCUUGAGCUA